AAACCGUCUCGAUCCCCCCCAAAAAAAAAAAAAAAAAUCUCAUCAAUGGCUCUCAGUGCCGUUAACGACCAAAACGUAGACACCCAAGCUCUUGCAUUGCGCCCAAAAGGGUUGAAGGAGGCGGGUGGGUUCAUGGUGGUGGGCCAUAGGGGGAAGGGGAUGAACGCUCUGACGUCGACGGACCGGAGGUUGAUGGCCGUCAAGGAGAACUCUUUGCUGUCGUUUAACCAGGCUGGCCGCUUUCCUAUUGAUUUCAUCGAGUUUGAUGUUCAGGUUACGAAGGAUGAAAUCCCAAUCAUCUUCCACGACAAUUAUAUUCUUACUGAAGAAGCUGGGACUAUUUUAGAGAAGCAAGUUACAGAUCUCUACUUAGAAGAAUUUCUCUCUUACGGGCCUCAACGAGAUUCGGGAAAGGUGGGGAAGUCAAUGCUUAGAAAAACAAAGGACGGAAGAGUAUUCACUUGGAUGGUAGAAGUUGAUGACUCUCUCUGCACCCUCCAAGAAGCAUUUCAAAGUGUUGAGUCUCAUUUAGGUUUUAACAUUGAACUCAAAUUCGAUGACCAUGUUGUCUACGGAGAAGAAGAGCUCACUCGAGCUUUAAAUGCUGUGUUACGGGUAGUCUUUGAGCAUGCUAAUGAGAGACCUAUCAUCUUCUCGAGUUUCCAACCAGAUGCAACACAACUGAUGAGAAAACUGCAAAGCAUUUACCCAGUGUUUUUUCUGACAAACGGAGGGACUGAAAUCUUCAGUGAUGUUAGAAGGAACUCUGUGGAUGAAGCCAUUAAUCUGUGCUUGGUGAGUGGCUUGCAAGGAGUUGUGUCGGAAGUGAAGGGGAUCUUUAAGGAUCCAUCGGCGGUGUCAAGAGUUAAAGAAUCUAGUCUUUCCCUUUUGACCUAUGGGAAACUCAACAAUGUCCCUGAAGCAGUGUACAUGCAGCACCUGAUGGGGAUCGACGGUGUGAUCGUGGACCUCGUGGAGGAGAUAACAGUGGCUGUUUCGGUUUUCAUUAGGCCCGUAUUGAGUAACGGAGUAAACCAGAGCUCAAUGCAAGAUGAGGAGGAAGAGGAAAAGGUGGUCAUUGUGGAGUAUAACAGGCCCAGGUUCUCAGAACGGGAGCUUUCAUUCUUAUUCAGGCUCAUACCUGAACUAGUUGAACCCUGAAAUUUAAUUAAUUACGAGGUUACAAGACUGAUGCCGUACUUAUAUACCUAUGUUAUGUUGUAUACAAAGAAGAGAGCUAGAACUGGAGCUUUUUCUUAAAUAAAGAAAUCAUUAAGUGUCA